AUGUCAACAUAUAAAACUAUUAGUGAUUUAAAACUAGAGGAUUUUAUCAAUAAUGAAACUUUUUCAAGUAAAUCAAAACAAGAAUCACAAGACGCAACCAAUCUUCUUUUCCAUCUUCAUAAUAUUAUUCAUAGUUUUUAUUUAAAAAAUAUUAAUAAUUUAAAUAAUAAAAAGAAUCUUAAUAAUAUAAACUCUAAAGAUAUCUAUAAUCAAUCAGAUUCAAUAACAAUCAAUUAUCAAACUUUACAAUAUAUUGUAAAUAGAUUAUGUAAUAAAAAAGAUAGAGAUGAAACAAAAGGAAUAAAUAAAAUAUUGGGAAAGGGAGAAAUAUCUGUAUUGGAAGUAUAUAAAAAAAUAUCUCUAGAAAAUACAAAGAAACAACUUAAGGUGUUUAUUAAGGAAUACAGGGAGAGUAAAGUUUUCCAAUUAUUACCAGUCGAUCAAAACAGCAAUUAUGAUACUACUCAAGUUGCAAAACAACUCACAACCAAUAUAGUAAAUCACCUCUCAGUUCAACUUUCAAAUCAUAUUAGAGAUAUAAUGAAAUUAUACAAUGCAGCAAUUAAAGAGCUCCUUCCAGAUCCAGAGAUAGAUCGUAAAGAGACCCUUCGAUUUCUUAUUAAAUACAACAUUGCAUCAAUCUUACCAAAUAAAGAAAUUAAUAAAUUGUUGGCAGACAAUAAGUUAGAAAAUACAGAUCCAACUGAGAAUAUUAUGAGAAUUAUAAAUAACAAUUUAGAUUAUUCAACUCUCAACCUCAGCAAACUAUACUCAUUUUUUAAUGGAUAUGAUUUUGAAAAGCUUCAACAAAUGGAGAAAGGUGUAUUCACCAACAGCUGGAAAUUUUUUUCAAUUGGAUUGGGCAGUGUUUUUUUUAAAUUUCAAAAAAACAUUGAGGAAAUAGGUCAUCAAGUGGAAUUUGCACAGCUUGUUAAUUCUCUGAACCAACAUAUCGAACAUUCUAAUUUAUUACAAGUUGUAAAAGAUGGUAAACAACUCUUGGAUGUAUUAGGCAAACAAGAAGAGCCAUUGUUGGUAAACACGUCUGCUCCAAGAGAUAUCAAAUUUACCAACUCGGAAAGCCAUUUGGUUAUUUGGGUUCGAUCAAUCUUUAAGAAUAUCUCAAAAUAUGGAGAUCAGAAUUUGGAUAAAAUUCAAAAGAGAUUAUCGUUCUUUAUACCAGCAGCACCAACCUCAUCAACAACCACAACUGCAACUACUCCAACAACAACAACAACAAAAGUGAGUUUUUUCAAUUGUAAUUCCAAGAAUCACGAGGCACUUGGAUUGGCGAAGCCAACACCGGUAGUAGACAGAUAUCGAGAUUCAAAUAUUUGCAAUACAUGUCAGUAUCACGGCAAUAGCAGAAGAAAAGAAAAUCGAAAAGACAUUUUAGCAACAGAUAUAAUUAAAUCUUUAGGCGAUUUAAAACAAGAAGAUAAUAGUAAAGUAAAUCAACUUUUAGUUAUAGUAAAGGAUAUAAUAGUAGAAGUUUUUAAAUCAGAGAUAAAUGACAAUUAUAAUAUAGAUACUUUAAUAGAGAUAUUAAAGAUAGAAAAGGAGAAUGAUGAUCCAAUAGCAGCAACAACAACAACAGAUUCAACUAAUGAUAGUAAUAAUAAUAAUAAUUUAGAAGGAUCAGACCAACCCUAUCACCCAGAAGAAACCACUGCCAAUGGUUUUUUUGAUAUCUUGAAUUAUUUCUCCCGAAUGCCACUUCCAUCAGGUAGCUCCAAAGAUACUAGUGCUAGCCGUGCAGAUCAAUUGCAAGAUCUGCAGAUGACUGAAAAACCAAUCUCUCCGUAUUCUCUCAGUGAAGGACCACCGGAUCCAGAUGUAAUAUUCGUAUCAGACCACCUUGAUUCAAUGGUUCACCAAAAGAGAAGGUUGAAUGAGAAUACCAUAUACUACGAUAUUAAAAGUUGCUCUUGGCUUUUUGUAGAUCCAUCCAACUCAAAGGAUUUGUCUGAUGAGCAGCUCCUAUCAAUCAAGGUGAACCGUAUAAAGCAAAUCCUACAACUUGGUAAAGGUACCUUCUUUCUUUGUGGUAUAGCAUUAUGGAAACUUCUCCGAGUUCUUAUCACGAAUGAAGAG